AUGCGGGUCCAAUUAAUUAUAUCAAACUUGGCGAGUAACCGUCUCGCUGUGUCACGGUCUUCUCCAAACCCACCUAGUGCCGCCGGCGGGGAACGGCGCUAUUGUCUGUCCCCAAACGCAAAAAUUAUGCUGUUGGCGAGUCCCAACUCGAGACUGCCACACGGGUCAGUCACUGCCCGUAAGUGCAAUGGGCCGACCUCACCGUGGAGUACUCGCCUUCCUGAUCGCGAGUCACCUCCCAGCCAACUUGCAUUGCAUGUGCUCGAAAAUCGUGCAGAUACUAAGAUGUGCAAUGCGAUUUCUAAAUAG